AUGGACGAAGAGUUCCUCGAUCGCGUCAUGGGAGAGGUGGAGGGCGUAGGAAAGGUGGAUGAGUUUACUGGACAGCUCUGGCGGCGCUGGAGGAGACUACGAGAUGAGAAUGUUGCUCGGCCCCUGCAACUAGGUCUCUUCAGAUCAGACUAUCUCGUACACGCUCCCGACAGCGGCGAGCCCACCUCUCUGAGACAAGUCGAGUUCAACACCAUAUCAUCGUCCUUCGGCACACUAUCAGAACGAUCCGCUAACUUACACAAAUAUUUAUACAAAUCGACGCAAUACUAUGGAGUUUCCCCAUAUCUCCAGGAGGAGCGCUUCCCCACUAACAACACCACGGCGGGACUAGCUGAAGGACUUUCCGACGCGCAUAAGGCGUACGGUGUCCCCGAUGCCCGGAUUCUGUUCGUGGUUCAAGAGAACGAGCGAAACGUCUUUGAUCAGCGGUGGAUCGAGUAUGAUCUACUGGAUAAGCAUGGUAUUCACAUAGUACGGCAGACUUUCCGCCAGCUCGGCCAGUCAGCAACGGUCGACCGUGCGACCCACGUACUUCGCAUAACAUUACCGUCCGGACUUCUCUCAGACGGUUCCACAUCGGUCGAGAUCUCGACAGUCUACUUCAGAGCUGGUUACACACCCGCAGACUAUCUGACCCACGCAUUCUACGACACGCGAUACCUGCUGGAAAGUUCGUGCGCGAUCCAGUGCCCAUCCAUCCAGCUGCAACUCGCCGGCGGAAAGAAGGUGCAGCAGGUGCUGACCAACGCAGGCGUGCUCGAGAGCUUCCUCAGCGACUCGUCCCGUUGGGGCGCAGACGUGUUCGCUCAGGCCGAGCUGGAUGAGCUGCGGUCAAGCUGGAUGGACAUGUGGGGCUUGGACGAGGACGUGCCCGGCGCGGACCCCACGACGGACCCGACGAACGAGUGCUCUGGUGUGCGGAGGGCUCGCGAGCGCUCGGCGAAGCUGGUGCUGAAGCCGCAGCGCGAGGGCGGCGGGAACAACGUAUACAAGGAGGCGAUCCCGACGUUCCUCGACAGCCUGCCCGUGAAAGAGCGCGAGGCGUGGAUCGCGAUGGAACUGAUCGCGGCGCCGGAGGGGCUGGGGAACUACCUCGUGCGGGCGGGCGGCGGUACCGAGGGCGCCGUGAAGGCGGAGGUCGUCAGCGAGCUGGGCAUAUUUGGGUGGGCGCUAUUCGGUGGCCCAGACAAGUGGGUGAAGGAGAAGGAGGUUGGGUGGUUGGUGCGGACGAAAGGCAAGGAUAGCAACGAGGGUGGUGUGGCAGCUGGGUUCUCGGUGCUCGACUCGGUGCUUCUCGUCGACGAGUGA